AUGGACAACGCCAACUUUUACGGCUAUUCCGCCUCGGGUACCAUGAACCCAAUGGCGGCAAAUGGUCAGAAUAACAUGAUGCCCGCGUACGACAGACCCAUGUUCGACAACUAUGGUGGCUACAUGAUGAACCUCGACGGCUUCGACGACAUGGCAGCCGUGCAACAGCAGCAAUCUUUCCCAUCCGUAACGACCUCGACGAAUCCCCAGAACACCAUAGUACAGAACGACGGCACGAGCUACUCCUCGAACCUCGACGACAGUCCUGUGGCGACAUCGACGCCCGCGACUACAAACUUCGGAACCCCCGCACAGUCAAUCUCGUCAGGCGCGAGUGCGCUGACCGAGUUCACCAAGAGGAGGAAUUGGCCCGCGAAAGUUGUCGAAGAGCUCAAGGACUUCCUCCAGAUACUCGACGCGCAUGGGCGCAUAAAAUACGUGUCACCGAGCGUCCUUACCUUGACAGGGUACGAGCAGGGGCAGAUCAUCGAUCUAUUUCUGAAGGACCUGAUCCACGCCGACGAUGUCGGCACCUUCACGUCGGAGCUGAACGAAUGCAUAGCGACGGGGAAUCCAUUACGCAUGUUUUACCGUCUGCGAAGUAAAGAUGGCACGUACGCCAUCUUUGAGUCGGUCGGACACGCCCACAUUGCGGCGCCCAAGUUCGCCACAAACCCAGAGAACCAAACUCCCUUCUGUCAGGCCGUAUUCAUGAUGUCACGACCGUAUCCGACAAAGAACGCCUCUUUGCUCGAUUCCUUCCUAGAGCACAAGAUCGAGAACGAGAGGUUGCGACGACGAAUAGCCGAACUACGUAGAGAAGAAGAGGAGGAGGAAGCAUCUCAGCAGGGUUGGCUUGCUGGCCAAGACGGACGCUCCGAUGUAACUCCAUCCGAAGAUACUCUGACGUCCGCGCCGCAGAGCGUCGCGACCUUCAACCAAGCAGCAGCAGACUCGCAAGCCAUGCCGCCGCCAGAAAGACCGAACCCGCUCAACAUAGCGCUUACGCGGGAGAAUCUGGAGGGUGUAACGGCAGGAAGCCGACCCGAUUCCAUCGGAGAUAAGAUGGCCAGAUAUGAGGGCGCGAGUCACACGGAUACCAUCGAAAUGCUGACGGGCCUGCGAUACUUGGAAGGGGAACGGAGCCGCGGGAUUACGACUGGCAACCAAAGCCCAACUCUGAUCAAGGGAGAUGCUGGAAUAGCGAUUCCCGUCGACCGAGAUCCCAGAACCGGGGAAAAGAAGAAGAAAUUGAAGGUCGCAGAGGAAUACGUCUGUACGGACUGUGGCACACUUGAUUCACCCGAAUGGAGAAAAGGCCCCAGUGGACCCAAGACUCUAUGCAAUGCAUGCGGUCUCAGGUGGGCAAAGAAAGAAAAGAAGAGGAAUGCUAGUGGUGGAGCGAAUGCUGCCACGCCUGGCGCCGACCAGUGA